GCUAGAAGUACAAGGAAAGGCAAGGGGGAAGGGGCGCUAGGGCAGGAGGAUGGAAUUCCGGAAAUAAAAAGGGCGAGCGAUCGAUCCAUUCCAGGUUUUUAGGGCUGUGGAUCUUCCCAUGGGGAGCUUGUGCUGCUGCCCGGUUCCAGAGAAUGUGGAGGAGCUCGUCUCCUACCCCAAUGGCACGCUCUACCAGCGCUGUGCUUGCCUCCAAGGCUGCAUGAGAUGGCUCCUCUUCUGGUACGCGUCGAUGUUCGAGAGGAUUGGGCCGGGCUUGCCAUCGACGCAUCAGUCGCCUCCAUCGGCGUCCGGGGUGGUGGUGUCCGCGCCGCGCUCCUCCGACUCGCUCGACACUUUCAGAGCUCCUCCGCGGCCGCUGCCUUACGACGUGGAUGCCAGAUACGUGAGGCUGCCGCGCGAUGGCUUGGUUUCCAGGAGGGACAAGAUUGGGAUGAGCCACUACAGUAGCGAGAGCGGUGGCGGCGGCGGCGGCGAGGCGCUGGCGCUGCUCCCCCGGCAGAGCUCCGACUCGGCGGCGGCGGCGGAGCACGCCGAAGACUCGGACUCGAUCGACAAGCAGCAGCUCCAGCAGCAGCACUCGUCCAAGCUUCUGACCAAGUCGGAGUCGAUGCUGUCGCUCAUUGACGACGAAGACGCGUGCCCGACUUGUCUCGAUGUAUAUACACCCGAGAAUCCCAAGAUCAACACCGAGUGUGGCCACCACUAUCACCUCGCUUGCAUCCUGGAAUGGAUGGAGAGAAGCAAGCACUGCCCAGUCUGUGACAAGGAGAUGGUGUUUCACGAGAGCACGGGGGCGUGACUGGCUGGUUCCUGCGAGGAGGAAUUUGUAUAUAACACUCGAUGGAAGAAGAAGAAGAACAAAGAAGAAGAAGGAAGAACACAUUUGUAAGUAGUAGUAUACCAGGUGCUGUGCUAGACAAAGAGUGGAGAAUGGCGAUUCCACCAUGUUAACAGCGAGCGCAUUGCUUGAGGUGCUUUAAUCGAGUCGCCCACCAAUGGAAAGAACAAUUUAAUACAAAUCUUAAAAGUAAA